GUCAGCACUGGGGUCAGCUGGGGUAAGGUGCAGAGAACCUCCCUAUACAUUCCUUUACAACUUGCUUUAAAUGAAUAAUUAUUUCAAAACAGAAAGUUACAAAUGAAAAAUGGAUAGAUAGGUAAAUAAAUGGAACCUGACAUUGGAGAGCCAUUUAGCAUCCAUUCUCUUUUUCUGCUAUUUAAGAAACACUUCUAGAAUUCAAGGCCUUUACACAUAUUAUACUUCGAUUACUCCUCUCAAAAAUCCUGAAUAAUAGGUAUUAUUAUCUCUAUCCUGCAGAUGGAGAAGCAGACUCAGAAGCAUAAAGCCACUUGCCCAAGGGCCUCUGUCUGUCAAGAGCACACAUUCGUGCCCACUCCGCACCACUCCUUCUACCCUUGAAGGCCACACCAGUCAGCAGAUGGAAUACCCCAUCUGACACACUGCUGGGUGGACUUGCUUCCCUAAGAGGGCCUGGGGCCUGGGAUGGGGGAAGCCCAUAAGCAGGUCUUGAUGGGGAAGUCAGAGGGUGGGUCCCAGGAGGGCAAGGUCAGCUCCUGGGAAGUAGUUGGGGAACUGGGCCACUCCUCCUUCUCUUCUGUCUGCACCUACCCUUGAAGCUGGCCCUGGCCCAGUGAGGGCACACCCGGGACACUCCCCAGCACUGUUCCCUCCCUAUUCUUUCCUGACUAGCUCCCCAUCAGGUCACCCACCCCUAACCAAUGCUAUCUCCCCUUUUCCAGAGCUGAACUUCAUCACCCAGUCCCCAGAGCCAGCAAGACAUGGGCCCCAUUUUCCAAAUCCUGACGCCUCUCAUUUAACCAGAAGACUUGGAGGGGAGCCACCGCCCAUGACCAUGUAGAUACCAGCUCCAGGGAGCAGCAUGGGCCCCACUGAAUGGAGACUCCUGGGUCUACAGCCCUGAGCCCCUCCGGCCCCUGGACGUUGCCCCGUGCCCAGGGACACCCCUUGGAGCUCACCACCGCAGUCGCCAGCCCACCUCGGCCGCCCCCUCCCCCUGGGACCCAAAGUCGGCCACCAGGAGCCACAGUCAUCCAGUGAGGUUGUGCUUAGGACAGCACGCGGAGCCAUCGCCCAGCAGCCUCUUGUCCAGCGCUGACUCUCGGGCCCAACCCAAGCAGGGACUGGAGCAAACAUGGGUGACAUGACCAACAGCGAUUUUUACUCCAAAAACCAAAGAAAUGAGUCAAGCCAUGGGGGCGAGUUCGGGUGCACAAUGGAGGAGCUCCGCUCCCUCAUGGAGCUACGGGGCACCGAGGCUGUGGUCAAGAUCAAGGAGACUUAUGGGGACACUGAAGCCAUCUGCCGGCGCCUCAAAACCUCACCUGUCGAAGGUUUGCCAGGCACCACUCCAGAUCUGGAAAAGAGAAAGCAGAUUUUCGGGCAAAACUUUAUACCUCCAAAGAAGCCAAAAACCUUCCUGCAGCUGGUGUGGGAGGCACUGCAAGACGUGACGCUGAUCAUUCUGGAAAUCGCAGCCAUCAUCUCCCUGGGGCUGUCCUUUUACCACCCACCUGGCGAGAGCAACGAAGGAUGUGCGACGGCCCAGGGUGGGGCAGAGGAUGAAGGGGAGGCAGAGGCCGGCUGGAUUGAGGGGGCGGCCAUCCUCCUCUCGGUCAUUUGUGUGGUCCUGGUCACAGCCUUCAAUGACUGGAGCAAGGAGAAGCAGUUCCGGGGCCUGCAGAGCCGCAUCGAGCAGGAGCAGAAGUUCACCGUGGUUCGGGCUGGCCAGGUGGUCCAGAUCCCUGUGGCCGAGAUUGUUGUUGGGGACAUAGCCCAGGUCAAAUAUGGUGACCUCCUCCCUGCCGAUGGCCUCUUCAUCCAGGGCAAUGACCUCAAGAUUGAUGAAAGCUCCCUGACGGGGGAAUCUGACCAGGUGCGCAAGUCCGUGGACAAGGACCCCAUGUUGCUAUCAGGGACCCACGUGAUGGAGGGCUCUGGACGGAUGGUAGUGACUGCCGUGGGGGUGAAUUCUCAGACCGGCAUCAUCUUCACCCUGCUGGGGGCUGGCGGUGAGGAGGAAGAGAAGAAAGACAAGAAAGGUGUGAAGAAGGGGGAUGGCCUUCAGCUACCAGCGGCCGAUGGGGCAGCAGGUUCAAAUGCUGCAGAUAGUGCAAAUACCAGCCUAGUCAAUGGUAAAAUGCAGGAUGGCAAUGUGGACGCCAGCCAGAGCAAAGCCAAACAGCAGGACGGGGCAGCCGCCAUGGAGAUGCAGCCCCUCAAGAGUGCCGAGGGUGGCGACGCUGAUGACAAAAAAAAGGCCAACAUGCACAAGAAGGAGAAAUCCGUGCUGCAGGGCAAGCUCACCAAGCUGGCUGUGCAGAUCGGCAAGGCAGGUCUGGUGAUGUCAGCCAUCACGGUCAUCAUCCUGGUGCUCUACUUCACCGUGGACACCUUCGUGGUCAACAAGAAGCCAUGGCUACCUGAGUGCACGCCCGUCUACGUGCAGUACUUUGUCAAGUUCUUCAUCAUUGGCGUGACAGUGCUGGUGGUCGCUGUGCCGGAGGGGCUCCCUCUGGCCGUCACCAUCUCACUGGCCUACUCGGUGAAGAAAAUGAUGAAAGACAACAACCUGGUCCGUCACCUGGAUGCCUGUGAGACCAUGGGCAAUGCCACCGCCAUCUGCUCAGACAAGACAGGCACACUGACCACCAAUCGCAUGACAGUCGUGCAGGCCUACGUUGGCGACGUCCACUACAAGGAGAUCCCUGAUCCGAGCUCCAUUAAUGCCAAGACCAUGGAGCUGCUCGUCAACGCCAUUGCCAUCAACAGCGCCUACACCACCAAGAUUCUGCCCCCGGAGAAGGAGGGUGCCUUGCCUCGGCAAGUGGGCAACAAGACGGAGUGCGGCCUGCUGGGCUUCGUGCUGGACCUGAAGCAGGACUACGAGCCCGUGCGCAGCCAGAUGCCAGAGGAGAAACUGUACAAGGUGUACACCUUCAACUCCGUGCGCAAGUCCAUGAGCACAGUCAUCAAGCUGCCUGACGAGAGCUUCCGCAUGUACAGCAAGGGCGCUUCUGAGAUCGUGCUCAAGAAGUGCUGCAAAAUCCUCAACGGGGCAGGGGAGCCCCGCGUCUUCCGGCCCCGCGACCGGGACGAGAUGGUGAAGAAGGUGAUCGAGCCCAUGGCCUGCGAUGGGCUCCGAACCAUCUGUGUGGCCUACCGCGACUUCCCCAGCAGCCCUGAGCCCGACUGGGACAAUGAGAAUGACAUCCUCAAUGACCUAACCUGCAUCUGCGUGGUGGGCAUUGAGGACCCCGUGCGGCCCGAGGUCCCAGAAGCCAUCCGCAAGUGCCAGCGGGCAGGCAUCACCGUCCGCAUGGUCACUGGUGACAAUAUCAACACGGCCCGGGCCAUCGCCAUCAAGUGUGGCAUCAUCCAUCCUGGGGAGGACUUUCUGUGCCUGGAGGGCAAGGAGUUCAACCGGAGGAUCCGCAACGAGAAGGGGGAGAUUGAACAGGAGCGAAUUGACAAGAUCUGGCCAAAGCUCCGGGUGCUGGCUCGCUCCUCCCCCACGGAUAAGCAUACCCUCGUCAAAGGCAUCAUCGAUAGCACACACACUGAGCAGCGCCAGGUGGUGGCUGUGACCGGGGAUGGCACCAACGACGGGCCUGCACUCAAGAAGGCGGACGUGGGCUUCGCCAUGGGCAUCGCAGGCACGGACGUGGCCAAGGAGGCCUCAGACAUCAUCCUAACGGAUGACAACUUCAGCAGCAUCGUCAAGGCUGUGAUGUGGGGCCGCAACGUCUAUGACAGCAUCUCCAAAUUCCUGCAGUUCCAGCUGACGGUCAACGUGGUGGCUGUGAUCGUGGCCUUCACGGGUGCCUGCGUCACCCAGGACUCCCCUCUGAAGGCUGUGCAGAUGCUCUGGGUAAACCUCAUCAUGGACACGUUCGCCUCACUGGCGCUGGCCACUGAGCCACCCACUGAGACCCUGCUUCUGAGGAAGCCAUAUGGCCGCAACAAGCCCCUCAUCUCACGGACCAUGAUGAAGAACAUCCUGGGCCAUGCCGUCUACCAGCUCACCCUCAUCUUCACCCUGCUCUUUGUUGGCGAGAAGAUGUUCCAGAUCGACAGCGGGAGGAACGCGCCCCUGCACUCGCCACCCUCGGAACACUACACCAUCAUCUUCAACACCUUCGUCAUGAUGCAGCUCUUCAAUGAGAUCAACGCCCGCAAGAUCCACGGCGAGCGCAAUGUCUUCGAUGGCAUCUUCCGGAACCCUAUUUUCUGCACCAUCGUGCUGGGCACCUUUGCCAUCCAGAUAGUGAUCGUGCAGUUUGGGGGGAAGCCAUUCAGCUGCUCUCCACUGCAGCUGGACCAGUGGAUGUGGUGCAUAUUCAUCGGGUUAGGAGAGCUCGUCUGGGGCCAGGUCAUCGCUACCAUCCCGACCAGCAGGCUCAAGUUCCUCAAGGAGGCGGGCAGGCUCACGCAGAAGGAGGAGAUCCCGGAGGAGGAGCUCAAUGAGGACGUGGAGGAGAUAGACCAUGCCGAGAGGGAGCUGCGGCGAGGCCAGAUCCUGUGGUUCCGAGGCCUGAAUCGGAUCCAGACCCAGAUUCGCGUCGUGAAGGCGUUCCGUAGCUCUCUCUAUGAAGGUCUAGAAAAGCCUGAGUCUCGAACCUCCAUCCAUAAUUUCAUGGCUCACCCCGAAUUCCGGAUCGAAGAUUCACAGCCCCACAUCCCCCUCAUUGACGACACCGACCUGGAAGAAGAUGCCGCGCUCAAGCAGAACUCGAGCCCUCCGUCAUCGCUCAACAAGAACAACAGCGCCAUCGACAGCGGGAUCAACCUAACGACCGACACAAGCAAAUCAGCUACCUCUUCAAGUCCAGGGAGCCCCAUCCACAGCCUGGAGACGUCGCUUUAGCUGAGGACCCCGCCGCCACCCACCCC